AUGAAGUUGAGAGCGUGCGCUCGCGCCGUGUUGCGGUGUGUUGUGUACCUAGCAUGUAUAAUCGGCAGGACGGAAGCGGACCGGGAACAUUGGAAUAGUUUACAGGAAAAUGAUGUGUUUUCAACGGACGAAAGUGUGGGCAAUUCUAUAAAAUAUCACAACAAAGACAGACCGGUGCCAUCCGAUGACUUACCUGUGAUAGAAUUGAUUGAAAACCCCGACAAUUCCUUCAAUCCCACAGACAGGGAUACAGACUAUCGCCAAUUGCGAAGAUUACUGGGUCACCAUUUUGAUAAAAACUUCAUGUCGACUGUUAGACCUUUAGAAAGUGUUAUACGUCCUAAUGGAACGUUGGAUUUUAAACUUAAAAAGGGUCGACCGAAAGAAAGAAGACCGAAUUUCAUUAAAUAUUUCGGAUCGCCAGUAUUCACAGGUGUGGGUAGCCAGUCUUCGAAACUUCGUGUUAGCAGACGGACUAGGAAAAAAAUACAGAAAUAUUUGUGGAGUUCCACUCAUUGUCCUGUGUUCCACACCUGGAAAGACUUAGGAGUGCGGUUUUGGCCAAGAUGGAUUAAGGAGGGACAGUGUUAUAAGCGCAAGUCAUGUUCCAUACCCCCUGGAAUGACUUGUCGUCCAAGCGGUUCCACCUCAAAGACAAUCCUUCGAUGGCACUGCCGGGACUGGCAAAAGAAUGCCGUGUGCCGAUGGAUACACAUUAACUACCCCAUCAUCACGCGCUGUUCGUGCGAGUGUUGA